AUGUCAUCACACAACUCUACAUCUCCCGCCGACGCCGACGCCAAGGCAGGCGGGAUCAAACUUCAGCGCGAGACGCCGCCCGAAGAACUCAGAAAGAUGCUGGACGACGUGGCAAAAGAACGUCUUCGCAAGCAGAAAGUCAGGGAGUUGCUGGUUGCUGCUCGGGAGAGAGCGGAAGCCCGUUGA